AAAUUCUUGUUGAUUUAAAUUUAAUAGCUGCGUGUUGUUUAAAAUUCUUGCAAAAAAGUGAAUCGGAAUACGAAAAUAAUUUUUGUCAAAAAAGUAGGGUAAACCUGCCCAGUGCCCAUUCCGGAGGAUUAUAAGUACCUAAUUACAAAAGUUUCCUUUUUGUUUCAAAAUUUCUAGUUUUAAAGACUGUUAACUGUUAAUUUUCUCGAAAUUUACAUUAAAAAUGGAUGAAUAUCAGUACUGCCCUAAAAUAAACAAUAACGAUUGUUUAAAAAAUCAGCCUUUACUAACUGUUAUUUCAAGAUGGUUCCAGGAGAACCAUGAUAUCGAAAUACAAAUCAAUUUAGCAAAUUUGAUAUACUCAAGUUUUCUUGGUCUUAUUGCUUGGUUUUUAUUAAAAAUCCUAUUUAGAAUUGUCAAAUCCAUGGUAAAACCUGCUAUUAUCAUAGGAGGAUUAUUGAUUAUUAUUUACACGAAACAAGUUUCCUAUAAUGAAGACGCUUUUGAUUUUGUAUUUAACGUUAUAGCAAAUACAAUUGCCAUAUUUUCGAAAAUUUUCGAAACAGUGCUUAAAGUGGUGUUUGGCGUAGUCGUUUAAAACAACUUUUAAAUCAUUUUGAAAAUAUUCUAUUUUGUCAAUAAAUUUAUUGUUUUUUUUUAGGUUACAAAACCAACAAAAAAUUAUAUUAAACACAUAGUUAUAAGA